CCGUAAAAUAUUGCGCAGGCCCAGUUUAUGCCUUGCAUUUCCUGAUUUGGUGGACUGAUUGGAAGAGUAGCUCUGACUGAUUGCUAUUUUCUCAGCAUCUGGCACACUAAUCGGGCAGCGUCAAGUGGGGUUCAGUCAUGUCAGCACCUGCUAUGGGGACCACGAAGACGGCUCACACUGAUGUGGCCCCGAAGAAAAAGAGGGGACCGGGUGCCCUGGCUACGGCGUAUCUGGUUAUAUAUAACGUGGUUAUGACAGCUGGCUGGCUGGUCAUUGCUGUGGGCCUGGUGCGGGCCUACCUUGUCAGAGGCAGCUACCACGGCCUGUACUUCUCUAUAGAGAAACCCCUGAAGUUUUUCCAGACCGGUGCACUAUUAGAGAUAUUGCACUGUGCAGUGGGGAUCGUUCCAUCCUCUGUGGUUCUAACAGGGUUCCAGGUGUUGUCUCGGGUCUUCCUCACCUGGGCUGUGACACACAGCGUACGAGAGGUCCAGAGUGAAGACAGUGUCCUGCUCUUCGUAUCGGCAUGGACCAUCACAGAGAUCAUCCGCUACUCCUUCUACACCUUCAGUCUGCUCAACCACCUGCCCUACCUCAUCAAAUGGGCACGGUACACAUUCUUCCUAGUCCUGUAUCCUAUGGGUGUGACAGGUGAGCUGCUGACCAUCUAUGCAGCCCUGCCCUAUGUGCAGAAGACAGGUCUCUACUCUGUCACUCUACCAAACAAGUACAACUUCUCCUUCGACUACUACACCUUCCUCAUCCUCACUAUGGUCUCCUACAUUCCACUGUUUCCCCAGCUCUACUUCCACAUGAUGCGUCAGAGAAAGAAAGUCCUGGCCCACGUGGAAGAGUACAAAACAGAGUAAACACAGCAAACACACGGCAGACUGAUCACAUCAUGCCACGGGGAGGAGUCUUGGCAGACUGAUCACAUCAUGCCACGGGGAGGAGAGGAAAAAGACGAGAUAACGUUUAAAAAAAGAAAAAACAUGCCUGACCAAUUAAAUAUGUCUGCUUGUUGAAAUACCAAGAAACUCAACUCUUUUUCAGAUCCAGAAAAUAACAUGGGGAAUGGGGAUGAUCGAUCUAACCGUGGUUCUUGCUAAUCAGUUGGUUCGGUUUUGGGCUGUUGCCUGGCUAUUAAGAUGCUCUUGUCAUUUACAAUAUACAAACUGCUUUUCGUUUUCUUUGUAAGUAAAUGCAGUUACCAUGUUAUCAAAAUGCUACUUAAACUGUUUUGUAAAUGUGAUGAUGAUCCAGGUCCAUUGCACUGGCCCCUUUGAGAGGCAGCAGAAUGCUGUGCUGUUGCCUGUGACUCUGGUCAUAAUGUGCUGAAUGCACUGAUACAAUCAAUGCCCUCUUCUCUCAUUAUUCAGUAGAAGACAAACACUAGAACCCCCCCCCCCCCUUCUAUUCUAUCACGGUCUGCAUCCCAAAUGGAAGCCUAUUCCCUAUAUAGUACACUAUUUAGGGAAUAGUGUCAUUUGGGAUGCUGCCAUGCUUUGUGCUCAAAUGAAUAGUUGUCCUUUGUCAGGAUGGAUGGAUGGAGGGUUCCAUAUUUGUCUGACUCUCAACGGAGGACUAUGCCUGUUGUUUAAGUAAUUUAUUUCUGCAACUAGUUUUUUCACCUGCAGAACUUCUGAUCACAUUCCAUUUGGUGUAAUAAAGCUUUUCUUUAUUCUGUG